AUGCCGGUGGCGCGCGCGUUUCAACAGAAUGAGCCGCCCUGGGGGACGCCCUGCAAUGAGCUCCUUGUCUUUGUUGCUACGCCGGGCUGUGAUGGGUUUCCCAGCCUGGACUCCAAGGAAAACUAUAAGCUUUCUGUCUCGGAAGGCUCCUUGCUGCUCUCUGCGGAUGCUGUCUGGGGAGCUCUCAGAGGCCUGGAGACGUUCAGCCAGCUCGUUGGGAGAGAUGAGAACGGCACGUACUACGUCAACGAGACGGAAAUUGUGGACUUUCCCCGCUUCCCUCACCGGGGACUGUUGCUGGACACCUCUCGUCACUACCUGCCUCUGAGAGCCAUCCUGGAAACUCUGGACGUCAUGGCUUACAACAAGUUCAAUGUGUUUCACUGGCACAUUGUGGAUGAUCCGUCUUUCCCCUAUGAGAGCUUGACCUUCCCAGAGCUCAGCAAGCAGGGAGCCUUCAAUGCCAUGACCCACGUGUACACAGCCAGUGACGUACAGACAGUGAUCGAGUACGCCCGGCUGCGUGGCAUCAGAGUCAUCGCGGAGUUCGACACUCCUGGGCACACCCUCUCCUGGGGUCCAGGUGCUCCAGGCCUCCUGACUCCCUGCUAUUUGGGCAAGGAUCCUUCUGGGACCUAUGGGCCCAUCAACCCCAUCCUUAACAGCACCUACCAGUUUGUGACCAGUUUGUUUCAAGAGGUCAGCACUGUGUUCCCAGACUUCUUUCUUCACCUCGGUGGCGAUGAGGUGGACUUCACGUGCUGGAAAUCCAAUCCCAAAAUUCGUGCCUUCAUGAAGGAGAUGGGCUUUGGUGAAGACUACAAAAAAUUAGAGUCGUUCUACAUCCAGAGGCUUCUGGACAUCAUCUCUUCCCUCGGCAAAGGUUAUAUCGUGUGGCAGGAGGUGUUUGACAACGGAGUGAAGGUGAGGCCAGACACCAUCAUCCACGUGUGGAAGGAGAACUCCAAGCCGUACAUGGAGGAGAUGGCGAACGUCACCAAGGCUGGCUACCGGGCACUGCUCUCUGCCCCCUGGUACCUCAACCGCAUCUCCUACGGGCAGGACUGGAUGGCGGCCUACCAAGUGGAGCCCUUGAAGUUUGAAGGCAGCCCUGAGCAGAAGGAUCGGGUGAUCGGCGGAGAGGCGUGCAUGUGGGGUGAAUAUGUGGAUGUCACUAACCUGACCCCCAGGCUCUGGCCGAGAGCUGGUGCCGUAGCCGAGAGACUGUGGAGUAACGCGACCGUCAGGGACCUGCAAGAUGCCUACGUGCGGCUGGCUGACUUCCGCUGCAAGCUUCUCGGGCGUGGUGUCCAGGCGCAGCCUCUCUACGUAGGAUACUGCGAGAAUGAAUUUGGCGGGUUUUGA